AUUCGCAUUUCAUUUUAAUAACUUUCCAUUUCCGAUCUCUCUCUCUCUCUCUCUAAGAUUCCGAAUUAAUCGGGAAGUUGUUUGUGAAGUUCCUGCAGAGAAAUUGUUGCUAGGAGAAGAGAACUAAGAUCAGAGAUUUGUUGAUUAGAGAAGUUCUUCGUAAGAAUGGCAGCAGCUAUAGCUCCAGGCACACCAGCUUCAAAGCUAGAAAGGACUCCGGCUAGCACUCCAGGUGGGCACAGAGAAAGGGAAGAGAAAAUCGUGGUUACGGUGCGGGUAAGGCCGUUGAACAAAAGGGAGCAAACGAGCAAGGACCAUGUGGCGUGGGAAUGCACUGAUGAUCAUACAGUUGUGUAUAAGCCGGCUCCCCAUGAACGUUCUCCACAAGCGAGCUCAUUUACAUUUGAUAAGGUCUUUGGUCCCGAUAGCUUAACUGAAAAUGUAUACGAGGAAGGGGUAAAGAAUGUGGCUCUAUCUGCUUUAAUGGGGAUCAAUGCAACAAUUUUUGCCUAUGGGCAAACUAGCAGUGGUAAGACUUACACUAUGAGAGGAAUUACAGCGAAAGCUGUUAAUGACAUCUAUGCCCAUAUAGCAAAUAACCCGGGACGAGAAUUUAGAAUAAAGAUAUCUGGACUAGAAAUCUACAAUGAGAAUGUAAGGGACUUAUUGAAUUCAGAAUCUGGUCGCAGUCUCAAACUUCUAGAUGAUCCGGAGAAAGGAACUACAGUUGAAAAGUUGGUUGAAGAAACAGCAGCAAAUGAUGAACAUCUCAGAGAACUUAUUAGUAUUUGUGAUGCUCAAAGACAAGUUGGUGAAACUUCUCUUAAUGAGACUAGCUCACGGUCUCACCAGAUCAUAAGACUGACGAUAGAAAGUAUCCUUCGAGAAAGUUCAGGUUGUGUGAGGUCUUAUGUUGCAAGUUUGAACUUUGUGGAUUUAGCUGGAAGUGAGAGAGCAUCACAGACAAAUGCUGAAGGUGCUAGGCUCAGGGAAGGCUGCCAUAUUAACCUGAGUUUGAUGACUCUAACAACUGUAAUAAGAAAGCUUAGCAUGGGAAAAAGAACUGGACAUAUACCCUACAGAGACUCAAAGCUAACACGCAUAUUGCAGCACUCUCUAGGGGGAAAUGCCCGUACUGCCAUCAUAUGCACUUUGAGCCCUGCUUCUUGUCAUGUUGAACAGUCCCGUAAUACUCUCUUCUUUGCUACUCGUGCCAAAGAAGUAACAAACAAUGCUCAAGUGAACUUGGUUGUAUCCGACAAACAGCUUGUUAAGCAUUUGCAGAAGGAGGUGGCCAGACUUGAAGCACAGCUGGGAACUCCAGAUAUUUCAAAUGACAAAGAUAUAAAAAUUCAGCAGAUGGAGAUGGAAAUUGAAGAGUUGAGGCGCCAAAGAGAUCUUGCUCAGUCCCAAGUAGAUGAGUUACUCAGGAAACUUCAGGAAGAACAGGGACUAAAACAACAGGAGUCAACUAGUAGUCCAGUUGCAAAAAAGGCUCUCUCUUUCUCUUCCACAUCACCAAACCUCAAAGGAAGAGCAAGAAAUACAAUGGGGAGACAGUCCAUGAGGCAAUCAUUAGCCGUUCCUUUCACACUCAUGCAUGAAAUUAAGAAACUUGAACACCUUCAGGAGCAACUCGGAAAAGAGGCAAACAGGGCAUUAGAAGUAUUGCAGAAGGAGGUAACUUGUUACAGACAAGGCAACCAAGAUGCUGCUGAGACUAUAGCUAAGUUGCAAUCGGAGAUCAGGGGAAUGUGUGCAGAGCAGCAUGUUCCAAAAGAAAUUGAAGUUGGAAAUGUGGUUUCUGUCCAUAAGAGUGUCAGUGCAAACCUCAAGGAAGAGAUUGCCAAACUGCAUUUUCAAGGUAGUUCAAUUGCAGAUCUUGAAGAGCAACUGGAAAUCGUUCAGAAGUCUAUAGACAAAUUAGUAAUGUCCCUUCCAGAUUCAAAUAACGAUUCAUCCGUGAAGUCUAAAAAUCCAAAGAAGAAGAAAUUACUCCCGUUAGCAUCUAACAACAGCCUUAAUAUGCAAAGUUUCAUCAGAUCUCCAUGUUCUCCUCUAUCAUCUACCCGUCAAGUUAUGAACUCUGACAUUGAAAAUAGAGCUCCAGAGUAUAAUGAUGAUGUGUCAGUUGAGAAGGAGACUCCAACUAAAAGUGGAGGAGGUGAGGCAUCGUCAAAAGAGAGUACUCCUGUCAACAUGAGAAAAAUGCAGAAAAUGUUUCAAGAUGCAGCAGAAGAGAAUGUCAGAAGCAUAAGGUCGUAUGUAACGGAACUUAAAGAACGUGUUGCCAAGCUACAAUACCAAAAGCAGCUGCUUGUGUGCCAGGUGCUUGAACUUGAAGCAAAUGAAGAAGCAGGGUACACGCUGGAAAAUGACGGUGUUCCUGAGAUGGAGGAGGAGUCUUCGGCUUCGUGGCACAUAAUAUUUAGGGAGCAACAACAACAGAUCAUUGAACUAUGGGACGUUUGCUAUGUCUCCAUUAUUCAUAGGUCACAGUUCUAUCUAUUAUUUAAGGGAGACCCAACAGAUCAGAUAUACAUGGAGGUUGAACUUAGACGCUUGACUUGGUUACAACAACACCUAGCAGAACUUGGAAAUGCAAGUCCAGCUCAUGUAGGAAAUGAGCCAACCAUUUCCUUAUCAUCAAGCAUGAAGGCGUUGAAGAGGGAAAGGGAGUUUCUUGCGAAAAGAUUGACGAGUCGCUUGGGUCCCGAGGAAAGGGACGCACUCUACGUGAAGUGGGGGGUGCCACUAGAGGCAAAGCAGAGAAGGAUACAGUUGAUAAACAAGCUGUGGACAGAGCCACAUGACAGGAAACAUGUGGAAGAGAGUGCAGAGAUAGUUGCAAGGCUUGUGGGUUUCUGCGAGGGCAGUGGGACCAUGUCAAGGGAAAUGUUUGAGCUCAACUUCGUCCUUCCUUCCGACAAGCGCCCUUGGUUCAUGGGGUGGAACCAAAUCUCUGACCUUCUUCAUUUAUGAGAGGAAAAAAAGCACAUGAAUUGUUUCCCUCCAUUCUCUGUAAGUAAAUUGUGUUCUCAUUCCUUAUUCUUUACCCAUUUUUCAGACCUAUAUUUGUGGGGAAAGUACAAAUAGUGUUUUCAUGUUCAAAAAUUGAAUUGUGGCACAUCAGUCAGUACAAUGG